AUGGAGGGAGUGUUUGCUACUGUCCAUGAUCCUCUCUAAUUUGUCCAGGAUCCGCCUUUCCACCACCACCUCCACGGUGUUCAGUUUGCAGCCUGGGAUGGAGCCAGCUUUCCUGAUGAUCUUAUUCAGCUUCUUUGCAUUGGCAGCUCAGAUGCUGUUCCCAUCAACUGAUUGCAACAAAGAAUAUUGUACUUUCUGUGAAGGUCUCCAGCAAUUUGGUAGGAAUUUGGUGGGAUAUUAAGUUUCCUCAGGAAGUAGAAUCUGCUUGUACGCUUCUUGUAGACUAGUAGAACCUCACUGUUGGGCCUCCAGUCCAGUCUGUUGUUGAGCAUGGAGUUGAGGUCAGGACGUCUUACAUAAGCAUUCUCUUUUUCUGUGCCAGCUGCUCUACUUAGAAAGCUGCCAUUAUCCUAUUACAGGUUAUUUCUACUGAUCACCCUUUUUAGUACUACACCUACAUAAGAGGUUUAGAAACCCUUUCUUGAUCUCUCUGUAGUGAUCAGUGUGUGACUGGACAGCAGUGGUAAGAGUACCACGGGCAAUUUUACAAGAGGCAUGUUAAGUGGCUAGCUGGUGCACUGGAGUGCCAAGCCAAACCAGGUGUGUGACAAAGAGUUUCCUCAGACAUGGGCAACAAUCACACCACCCUGGACGACAUCCUGGCUGAGGACAUGCACCACUGGUACAACAAGUUCAUGAGGGAGUCUCCAUCGGGCCUGAUCACGCUCUUUGAGCUGAAGUCCAUCCUCGGGCUGCAGGGAAUGCCUGAGGAUGCUAAUGCUUAUGUGGACCAGGUCUUCCACACGUUUGACAUGGAUGGGGAUGGAUACAUAAACUUUGUGGAAUACAUCGCUGCAAUCAGUCUGAUGCUUAAAGGUGAAAUCAACCAGAAAUUAAAGUGGUACUUUAAACUGUUUGACCAGGACGGCAAUGGAAAAAUUGACAAAGAAGAACUGGAGACGAUAUUCACGGCCAUACAGGACAUCACGCAAAAUCGCAGCAUUGUACCAGAAGAGAUAGUAGCACUUAUCUUCGAAAAAAUUGAUGUCAAUGGAGAAGGUGAAUUAACACUUGAAGAAUUCAUUGAAGGAGCCAGAGGGCACCCAGACAUAAUGGAGAUGCUGAAGAAAAUAAUGGACCUGACUCCAGUGCUAGAGAUUAUUGUUGAAGGGCGACAGAAACCAGACAACUGUGAACAAGGCCAGACAAGCACUUAAGUUCAAUUUAAUCCUGGACACACAGCACCUCAAUAACACUUUAAACCUCUCUGACAGCACAAUGCAGUACAGUACAGAAAUGGUACCGACACACCAGCAGCAUGAUGGUAAUGUUUUCAGCAAUCUACUUUGUAUCAAACAAUGAUUCUAAGAACAGUAAAAACUAAAUCAUGUGUAAUAACAAAAUGACAAAACCUAGAACAUUCAAUUAAUAACAUUAAUUAUUAACUGCCAAUGACAACAAAGCACAAAUAGUUUAUUUAUUUAUUUAUUUUUUACUUUUGUGUCAGAAGUGAAUGACUUUAUUUACAUGCGCAUCAAAUUCCAUUUAAGGUCUAUAGCCGGGUUGCAGCCAUAUUCUGAAUACGACGUUUAUAUGCGUACAGGCAUCAGAAUAUUCCUGUGUACAUGGUUGUUGUAAGUAUGCCGAUCUACACAUGCGCUUUUCCUUUCCCGCUGUUAUUUCUUGGGAGAUUCAAGAUGCUGCCGUUGCUACCCACUGUACCAUGCGGAUUGAGCAUGCGCAUAUAUCUAUUUUCAGUGGAUUUUCGGAAUAUGGUGUUUACAUCCAACAAAGUUCCGAUUAAAACAUAUUCCAGGGGUGGGAAGGGUUAAGGCUAGGGUUAGUACCACAUUGAAACGCAAUCACACUGAAGUCCAUUCACAGCCCUAAGCCAUAUGUGGAGCGUGUGGAGGGACCUCAAAGCAACAUUUUCAUAUGAAGUAAUGCUACUUAGUUUCUUGUUUGUUUCAUCAUUCCUACUGCAUUGAACACUUAAUCAUCAAGACUUUCAGAUUCAUUACUAUGGCACCUGUCAAAGGGUGGGAUAUAUUAGGCAGUGGGUGUAACACAUAACAAAAUAUGAGGCACGAUUAGGGUUUAAAUCAAACUUACUUACGAAUACAUAUAUGAAACACUUGCAUACACAUAUGUAAAUUACUCAUACAUACAUGUGUACUAUGGAAUCCUCAAACAAAUUCAUGUGAAUUGCUUGCACACACCAACAUUACACUCAUGCGUACAAAUUAUACAUAUACAUAUACGCUUAUAAAACACCCACGCAUACAUAUACUCUACAUGCACACAUACUAACGCAAAGAAGGCAGACGGUGUGUGGGUGUAUGUUAGAAAAUCUCCCAGUAUUCUCACAGAGUUUCACUUUGCAGUGUAUUUUUGUAGGUUAGAUAGGUUUUGAAAGUAAUAUGAAUGUAAAGUAAUUAGUAAUACUAAUUACAUUACAAUUUAUAUGUAGUAAUCAGAUUACCAUUUUAAAGUAGUAAUUAGUAAUCUGUAGUGGAUUACUUUUUUGAGUAACUUACCCAACACUGGGCAGCAAGUCAACAGUCAGUUCUCAAAGUUGACGUGUUGGAAACAGAAAAAAUGGGCAAGUGUAAGGAUCUGAGCAAGUUUGACAAGGACCAAAUUGUGAUGGCUAGACGACUGGGCAGAACAUCUCCAAAACAGCAGGACUUGUGGGGUGUUCUUGAUAUGCAGUGGUUAGUACCUACCAAAGUGGUCCAAGGAAGGAUCAUGGACGCCCAAGACUCAUUGAUGCGAGUGGGGAGUGAAGGCUAAAACUUUCUGGUCCAAUCCCACAGAGGAGCUACUGUGGCACAAACUGCUGAAAAAGUUCAUGCUUAUGAUAGAAAGGUGUCAGAACACACAGUGCAUCACAGCUGGCUGUGUAUGGGGCUGUGUAGUUACAGACCAGUCAGACUGCCCAUGCUGACCCGUCCUCAGCCGAAAACACGUACAAUGGGCACAAGAGCAUCAGACCUGGACCAUGGAGCAAUGGAAGAUGGUGGUCUGGUGUGAGGAAUCACUUCAUGUGGACGGCCGGGUGCGAGUGCGUCGCUUACCUUUGGAAGAGAUGGCACCACGAUGCACUCUGGGAAGAAGGCAAACCAACAGAGGCAUUGUGAUACCCAGGGCAAUGUUCCUGCUGGGAAACCUUGUGUCCUGGAUUUCAUGUGGAUGUUACUUUGACAUGUACCACCUAUCUAAACACAGAGGUGGGUAGUAAUGCGCUACAUAUACUUCAUUAAAUUUACUUGAGCAACUUGCUACAUUCAGUGGCGUUCCUCCAUUACUGUUAAAUAUUAAUGAAUAUAUGUUGUUUUAAUAAUUACUUUAUAUCAAGUAUAAUGAGGUCGAGAGUCUCUCGUUACGCUGCAGUGGUCUGCAACAACUGCUCACUUUUUUAGCAGCUUAGUCCUGGAAAGGGGGAAGAAGUGAGCGUGUCGAGGGAGGCAGGACACACACGCGUGCGCACACACACACACACACACACACACACACAUGCUAACACUUUCUCUUCUGUUCUGUUCCAUACUCUGUUGUCUUGUUUAUAUACAGAUGCUGACAAGUUUGUGUUGUCAACAUGCUGUGAAAAUAAAGAACGUCAACCGUUGAGAAAAUGUUUGCUUUUUGGUGUGUGUGAGAGAUCUGGUGUUGAAAAUUACUGGUUCUGUGGUAUUGUACCCAUCACAGGACUGGGAUAUCCUGCUUCAUCUUGAACCCAGGUUUUAUAUCAUAUAAACAGGACAGACAGACUUUCAAGGAGAGGUGUGACUUACAGUUCUCCAUGUAAUCUGAGAUUCAGGAUUUUCCCUUCAUUUUAAUCAGAUUUAAUGUAACUACUAACUUGCUACUUGAGUCAUCUCCUCCUUGGAUACUUUAUUACUCUUACUCAAGUAAGAAUUAACAUUAUUACUUUUACUGUUACUUGAGUAAUUAUUUUUAUAAGUAAUUUUACUUGUACUUGAGUAAAAUGUUUGGCUAUCUACCAACCUCUACCUAAACAUUGUUGCAGACCAUGUUUGCAGACCAAGUACACCCCUUCCUAGCAACGGUAUUCCCUAACGGCAGUGGCCUCUUUCAGCAGCAUAAUGUGCACUGCCAAACCUUGCAACUUAUAGAAUUUAAAGGAUCUGCUGCUAACGUCUUGGUACCAGAUACCACAGCACACCUUCAAAAGGUCUUGUGGAGACAGGUCAGAGCUGUUUUGGUGGCAAAAGGGGGACCUACACAAUAUUAGGCAGGUGGUUUUAAUGUUAUGGCUGGUUUGUAUGGUGGUGUGAUUAAUUAAUAGUUCAAACUUGAAUUAAUGAAAUAAAUGACAUUUACAUUACAUUUGUAGAAUUGUAAAAAUGAUCAGAUACAAAUAACAUUUUUUUUUUUUUACAAUAUAAUGUUUUAUGACCACAUUCGAUCACGAAUAAGGGCUUUUCUUCAACUGUAAUUGCUGAUGACAUUAUAAUACAUGUAUAUAUUUUAUUUUCAUUCUGUAAACACUGAGCGUUAAUCAGAAAUCAUUUUUGUGUACUCUUUGCAAAUCAAGUGAAGUAUAAGCUGAACAUGUAUACAGUUGUGUUUUUGCUUUAUUAAGACUGAAAUGUGGAAAAAUAUCAGUGUUGUGCUUUGUGCUUCUGAGCAGCAAUAUUAUGUAUUAAAAUGAAGCCAGGAAAAAGAUAAUGAAAACAUGAAAGCUUAGCUCUUUAAUUAAAAUACCCCAUUCAGUAGAAAAUGAUUGCA